AUGACAUUCUUCUUCCGCUUGAGACGCUGGAUUGAAGAAGGGGAGGAAAGCAAGAGCUUGCACCCGGCGGGGUACCCGGGCUGCUCCGCGCUGCCGAUGAAGUACGCCUACUACUCAACGGAGGGCUGGGCUGACCCGCCCGCCAUGGUGCACGCCAACGCACGCCUGCUUCCCAGCGGAGGGCUGUACGGAGCCCACCCCGUGUUUGAGCACGUGGCUGCUCGCGCCCAGGGGAAGGGGCAGCAGGAUGCCUCUGCGGAGAGACCCGCUGCCCCAUAUCAGCCCAAGGAGGAGGAGGAGGACACCGGCACAGAUCCUGAGGCUCACCUGGUGUCUCCUACCUUGGACAUAUCAAUAGAGAGUCUCAACCAGCUGAUCCUAGAAAUCGAUCCGACCUUUCAGCCGCUGUCAUGCAAGCCGGUGAAGGAUGCGGUCCAACCUGCUUCUCAGGGUGACGCUGCUGCCACCAAGAAACAAGAUCCGGAGGCAAUAGGUGUAAGUUCCCUGCGAGCACGGUCAGUUGGUGUGCGGGCUGGCAGGAGACUGGUGGUGCCCAGAGUCCGCGAGAGGGGCUUGUUCUUGUCUGGUGGAAACCGUGAGGAGGCUUUUAACGUAACAGAUGCUGUAGCAAUAGGAGACACGUUCAUGACAGUCACUAACUCCCUCUGCAAAGUGUCUGAGUGCAUCGCCGUCCCCCGGCAGUGCGCGGCUGGCCAGACAGACAGCAUCUCCUACGGCCCCAGGGCUCUCGGCACCUCCCCGGGCUUCGACAAUUUGCUGAAGCCCGUGCACGCGGUGAGGGCCCAGCAGAGGAGCAGCUGGGUCUCCCUGCUCUCCACGAGCCCCGGCUCAGACACCAGCUAUAUCCUUGGAAGCAGCACCCACUCGCUCCACAACGACGACUCGGAUGCUCCCCCUGCUGCCUGCCGCUCCGCUGACUGCCCAUCCCCUGCCAGCUCCCUGGGCAGCCCCUGCCCACCUUCCCCGAGCAUCAGAUCUCGCUCUGGAGAAGCUUUUGGCCUGAGUCCCCACCAGCCCAGGGCAGCCUGCUCCACCAAAGCCAACACCUCCCCGACCCAGAAGGGACAGGCCAGCAGCUGCCCCCCCUCCAUCCUCAACUCCGCAGCCGACAUCCCGGUGCUGCUGGUGAACGGGUGCCUGGAACAAGGAGAUGCAUCUUCCAGGCUGGCCAAAGCCGCCCCAGUCUCUGUCAAGCAGAGCCCCCCUCCCAGCUGCAGCCCGGCCCUGAGGCUCGGUGGCCUGAACAACGCGCUGUCGGCACCAGCGCUCUCCUGCGUCUCGGACAGUCCCCUCCGGGCUGGGCAGCCGACCAUGAAGUUUGUGAUGGACACAUCAAAAUACUGGUUCAAGCCGAGCAUAACCAGGGACCAAGCAAUCCAGCUGCUGAAGGACAAGGAGCCAGGCACGUUCAUUGUGCGGGACAGCACGUCGUACCGGGGGUCUUUCGGACUGGCGAUGAAGGUUCCCGUCUCUCCAUCCAGCAGCCAGACAGGUACAGGCGAUGAGAGCAGUGACCUCGUCCGGCACUUCCUCAUCGAGUCGUCUGCCAAAGGGGUGCACUUGAAAGGAGCCAGCGAGGAGCUGUAUUUCGGGAGCCUCUCUGCCUUCGUGUAUCAGCACGCCAUCACCCCGCUGGCACUGCCCUGCAAGCUGAGCAUCCCCACCCGAGAUCUGGCUGAUGGAGAAGAGAGCCCUGACUGCGCUCCCGAGUCCGCACUAUCCCUGCUGAAGAAAACUGCUGCCUGCCAACGUGCUGAUCUGCAGCACGUCAAGAAAAAUUGGCCUGCUAGGACAAAUCCGUGUUGCAAUCCAGGGAUGGACUUGAUCCCUUCAGUUUACAGCACAGGGCACGAUGCUGCGUACGUGAAGCUAGUGGCAACAUCUCAAGAGGUGUUUUUCAGGCGACACUACCCCUUGGCUGCCAUCAGGUUUUGCGGGAUGGAUCCUGAGAACAGAAAGUGGCAGAAGUACUGCAAGUCCUCGAGGAUCUUUGGGUUUGUGGCCAAAAGCCAGACAGAUUCGGAGAACUUCUGUCACCUGUUUGCAGAGUACGACACCGUGCAGCCAGCGUUGCUUGUCAUCGACCUUCUAUGCAAGCUCCUGCCGGGCCCGUAG